GAGCUAGUGUUAAUAUCACUCAGUCCACUCGCGAGAAACACAGCAAUAAGACGCAGCAUACACACGUUAUUGAGUUUGUCAUUCAUAAUUUGUUUUAUUAUUCGCUACUUGUAAUUAAGCGAUAAAUAUACAUAUAACAUUUCGCGACUUUUAAUCUUAUGACAUCAACUGUGAGAGCUUAUAAUAAUCUUUGUGAUUUAGAAAGUUGAGCUGUAAAAAGUUUGUUUAUAAAUAAUGCAAUAUUGCAACAAGGGUUACUAGCAUAACUGCACGAAUUUUCUACACGAAACGGCAACUUAUUUUUAACAAAUAAUAUUUGUGGCAGUGCUUUUAAACGAACCCAAAAAAAUGUCCGACAACAUCGAUAAGUGCCGACGGUGAAUUCCAAAUAAAACAAUUAAAUUUGCUACUUAAGUUGAGUUCAUGAAAACUAAGUGGUCUUCAAUAUUUGGGGACUAACUCUAAUAAAAUGGACGCCUACGCUUUACCGACAUAUUUUCCACUUGCAUAUUCUGAGCUGCAGUUCUUAGCGUCUAGACGCGCUGCUGCAGUGGCUGCCGCGGCAACAGCUUUACCAGGCACCCCUUGCAUUAACCACGCACAUACAACAAAUGUUUCAAGCUCGGUUCCAGUUCCAACAAUGAUUUCAGAAGCGUCAGAUUCAAUUAAAACAGCAACUUCAAUUCAAUCACCUAUAAAUAACGGAAACACAAUUAUUUCAAAUACUUCUGGGCUUCAUCACAAUCACCAGCAUCAACAUAUUCAUAGUUUAAAUGUUAACGGACAGUCUCAUGCUCACGAAUUUCACCCAGCUUAUAGAAUUCCCGGAUAUAUGGAACAAUUGUAUUCUCUUCAAAGAAGUAGUUCAACCACAUCAUUUCACGAUCCCUAUGUGAACUGUGCGUCAGCUUUUCACCUUGCCGGACUUGGUUUGGGAUCAGGUGAUUUUUUGGGUACUCGUGGUAUGGGUUCUCUAGGUGACCUGCAUCAUGCCGCUGUAGCAGCAGCAGCAGCAGGAUCUCUAGCAAGUACCGAUUUUCACUUUAGCAUCGAUGGCAAUGGAAGGUUAAGUAGCCCUCGACCGCAGGGUGGAAGUAUUCGUGCAAGCAUUAGCCGUAAACGAGCCCUUUCCUCAUCGCCUUAUUCUGAUUCAUUUGACAUAAAUUCAAUGAUUAGAUUUUCACCAAACUCUUUAGCUACAAUUAUGAACGGCUCUCGAGGAAGCAGCGUGGCAAGUGGUUCCUACGGUCACAUUUCAGCUAGUGCCAUUAAUCCCAUGUCUCAUGCACAUUCAACAUUGGGACCGCGUUUACAGCAAAUACAAGCUCAUUUGUUGCGAGCGAGUGCAGGACUUUUAAAUCCCAUGACUUCACAACAAGCAGCUGCCGCCGGGUUUUCUAUAAGCCACGCUGCUGGCGCUACUGCCUUAAGCCUCAAUGAUGUUCAUGCUAAUAUAAACGAUUUACCUGGCCAAAUCACAACAUCUUCAACUGCAAGGCUACUUACUGAUAAACAUGGUCAAGUGGCUGCACUUUCGCUAAAGAAUUUCGAUGAUGAAAAUUUAAAAAAUCGACAGUAUAAAAAUAUUGUCACUGAGCAGCCUUCCUCCACUUCUGGCAAUGUGGUUCAAGUAGAAGCAGACAGUGCCUCAUCACAUUUGACGGAUUCCUGUUAUAACAAAGUAUCGAACAACGCCAAAAGUAUUCCUGGUGAUGCUAAAAUAAUUCACCGCUGUGAAGAGUUUAUUAAUUGUGGAUCAGCAUCCACUCCAUUAAAUGAAUAUGAAUGUGCUAACGCUGAUACGACGGAUAUCAAGGACGAACCCGGAGAUUUUAUAGAAACCAAUUGUCACUGGCGUAGCUGUUGUAUUGAGUUCAUUACGCAAGAUGAACUUGUUAAACAUAUAAAUAAUGACCACAUCCAAACCAAUAAAAAAGCAUUUGUUUGCCGAUGGGAAGAUUGUACACGCGGCGAAAAACCAUUUAAAGCGCAGUAUAUGCUCGUUGUGCACAUGCGUCGUCAUACCGGUGAAAAGCCACACAAGUGUACAUUUGAAGGCUGUUUUAAGGCAUACUCACGCUUGGAAAACCUAAAAACUCAUUUACGGUCACAUACAGGCGAAAAACCAUACACCUGUGAAUAUCCAGGAUGUAGCAAAGCGUUUAGUAAUGCUAGCGAUCGGGCAAAGCAUCAAAACCGUACUCACAGUAAUGAGAAACCGUACAUUUGUAAAGCGCCUGGCUGCACGAAGCGUUAUACCGACCCAAGUUCAUUACGAAAACAUGUAAAAACAGUCCACGGAGCCGAGUUCUAUGCAAAUAAAAAACAUAAGGGGUUGCCCCUAAAUAAUGCCAACUCUCGGUUGCAAAGGGACAGUGGCCAGGUUCGGCAUAAUCUUCAGGAGCAUAAUAUUGACUCAAGCCCUUGCAGCGAAGACCUGCAGAUGGGAAAUAUUUUAGGCAUGUCUAGUCCUAGCAUUAAAUCUGAAUCAGAUGGAAACUCUCCACAUCAUCAGUUGGCAAAUGGAGUCCGAGCUUCAGACUGUUUGUUAACAUAUUCUCCAGAUGACGUUGUCGAGAAUCUAACUUUGGAUGACGGAUGGAAUUGUGACGAUGACGUAGACGUGGCCGACCUACCGAUUGUUUUGCGUGCUAUGGUAAAUAUUGGCAGCGGAAGUGCGACUGCCACAACUAUUGGAGGUGGUGUUGUGGCUAGGCAACGGUUUAGAAGUCGUCUGCAAACUAAAGGUAUUAACUCAAGUACCGCUAUGCUAUGCAACAUUCCGGAAAGCAAUCGCAUCAUUGGAAUUAGUGAACUUAACCAGCGUAUUACAGAACUUAAGAUGGAGCCAGGUACCUCUGGUGACAUAAAAGUUGUAGUGCCGCCGUAUACGGGACUAGAAAAGUUUCCAGAAGAUUUAUCACAAUCCCAAAUAAAUUGUCGUAAUACAAUAUUGAAUAAGCAAAGCUUUUCCGGAUCGCUGCAAGCACAGUUUCGUCGUGACAGUCAGAAUUCUACUGCCAGCACGUAUUAUGGUAGUAUGCAAAGUCGCCGAAGUAGUCAAUCAUCACAGGUGUCUUCUAUAUCUACAAUGCGACCAAACCCUUCGUACAACACGAACACAGCUUCCUUCUAUGAUCCUAUUUCACCAGGAUGCUCACGUCGCUCUAGCCAAUUGUCAAAUGGAGCCAACUGCUAUGCUCUAACUUCAACAUCAGCAUUGACUCCAACAAAUAAAGAGUCGAAUCCAAACAGAAGCCCAAAUGCUUAUAUUAAUAAUCCGGACCUUGAUGUUCAGUGCUUUGGAUUUUAUAAUAGCAGUUUUCCUCCGCCACCGUCGUCUCAUUUGAUUGACACCAAUUUAAAGCGUUUGCAGGGGACAGAUUCUGGGAGCUGUUAUCAGAAUUCUACUGGAGGUCGAUUUUCAAUUCCAAAUUGUAUGCAAUCACUGCAAACACAUUUAAACAACAGCAGACCUGCUGGAGAGAUCGAAUUUGAUAGAGCAACCCCGAAUAAUGUAUUUCGCCGGCAAUCUGAGCCAGUGCCAAACAUAAAUUUUAGCCCGGUAAUAAAUGUUUCUUGUAUAGAUACCCCACUGGAAAAUUUUCAUACUCCUGUUGGAAAGGGUAAAAACAGUAAAAUUCCAUCUUCUUUAAAUAACGAGAAUGAUUUAAAGACGGGAAAAGGUAAUGUUGAAGUAAAGGCUAACCAGGCCAUGACUAGCGAGCAACAUCCAAAUGAAAGAAUAAAUCUGGAUGAAGUUGAAGAGCUUAUACUUCCAGAUGAAAUGCUCCAGUACCUAAACUUGGUUAGAGACGAUAAAAAUCAUACGGAGAAACGGGAAGAGAAUGCUGGUAUCAGCUCUAUUGUUUCUGAAACCAUAACAUCAAACGACAUUCGAGUACGUGCACUGACCAAUUUAAAUCCUUUAAAAAAACAAGUUUCACAACCGACCUCUAACUUUGAUGUCUCAGUCGAUGUACAGCCAUUGAAAGAACAAUUUACCAUGACAAAAAUUGGUGGCUUGUACAGUCAGAGUCAAUCAAGUAUCGUGGCUGAGACGGAACAAAUAAGACAACAGCCACCAACGCCAUCGCUAUAUCAGCCCCAACUAACAAAGUUAACUCAGAAUCAAAUCAUUGACUCAUCAAUGACAAGUUUACCAGAACUUAAUGCAGUUCCAAUUUUUUCUCUAAUUGACACAGAAAAAGUUUCCAAGCUUAAUACAGACCAUGAAAAUGAGAUCCAAUGCGGCAUUAUAAGCCAGUCUCAAAUGUCUCCUUCCAUAAAUAUAAAUAACGAUGGUCAGAUUCCCACCUUAAGAAUACAACCCUCAACCGUUUCAAAAUUUGUUUGUCAACCUAACACAUUAAUCUGUGACACUCAUGUGAAUAAUGUUAGCUCAAUGCAGUCUGAUACAUACCAGCGUACUCUACAAUAUGUACAAAGUUGCCAAGACUGGAUGGAGACAAAUAAUACUUCAACCGAUCACAUUCGAAACAUGUCUACAAUCCAAUCAAACAAUACACUGUGGCCCGAUGUCAGUAGUUCUACACACCCGUAUCAUGGUACAAAUAUGGUGAUCAACGAUAUGACAACAUCCCUGACGUCCUUGUUGGAGGAGAAUAGAUAUCUACAAAUGAUGCAGUAGACAAUUCCACAAGGCCUAACAAUAUGUUAAAAUGAAAGUCAGCCCCAAUAAAAUAAACUUAUUUUUAUUAUAACAACUAUAAAAUUGUUAACAAAGUCAAAGUUCUCUAACAUACGAUAGAGAUAAACUCGCAUUCAUAUAGUAUGUUUGUAUUUAAAAAUUAAAACAUUCUCAAAAGCCCUACACAAGAUUGAAAGCAACUAAUUUAAAAUAUAAUAUAUAUGUCGUCAUUUUGAGAUUUUUGCAAUACAAAUGUCUUCCGAACUAUAAUAAUUAAAAAAUCCUAUGUGUCUAAGUAAUUAAAAUAAAUAUUUUUCACAAUA